AUGUCCAGUGGGAACUUUGAGAAGUCGGUUAAGGGGGCCACGAAGAUUAAACUUGCGCCCCCGAAAUCCAAAUACAUCGAACACAUAUUGGUAGCGACCCAUACUGGCGAGGCGGGCGUGGCGGAAAUCUUUCGCACGCUGGAGACCCGGCUUCGUGAGUCAGGAUGGACGGUCGUGUUCAAGGCCCUGAUUGUCCUUCACAUGAUGAUCAGAGAGGGGCAGUUGGACGCCACGCUACAGUAUGUGGCGGAGAAUCCUCGAAAGAUCGCCAUUAGCGGGUACUCGGAAGCGCAAACGCAAGGACACAAUAUUCGGAGAUAUUCCGAUUACCUCAUUUCACGUGCGAGGGCGUUCGAAAAAACCAAGACAGACUAUGUACGGAGUGGACAAGGCCGCAUGAGACGGUUGACAGUGGAAAAGGGUCUUCUUAGAGAGACGGAGAUUGUCCAAAGGCAGAUUCGUGCGCUGCUCAAGUGCGACCUCCUGACCGACGAAGUCGAAAAUGAAAUCACGUUAACAGCUUUCCGGCUGCUCACGUUAGAUCUGCUGUCCCUGUAUUCGGUGAUGAAUGAGGGUACGAUCAACGUCUUAGAACAUUAUUUCGAGAUGUCACGACCGGACAGCGAGCGUGCGCUGGAAAUCUACAAGACCUUUGCUGCCCAGACGGAAGAGGUAGUGAAGUUCUUAGGGGUGGCUAGGCAUUUCCAAAACGCCACCCGUCUGGAGAUACCGAAACUGAAGCAUGCUUCGACGGACCUGACGCGACUGUUGGAAGACGAUCUGAAUGACCCGGACUUCAACCAACGCCGAAGAGAAUAUUUGCUGUCCAAGGGACGCAGCAGUGCAGAAAUCAAUGCGUCGCUGGCUCCGUCCGGCAACAGCAAGAGCAACAGCAGUAGGCCAAUGAGCAGAGUCGUCAACAACUCGGAACCCGCACGGCCUCGGACAGAGCCUGCGCCGCAAAAGAACACGAAUCAAUCUGACCUGAUCGAUUUCUUCGACACGAUCGAGCCCCCCGCUCAGCAACAACAGCAAUUUUUACAGCAGCAGCAGCAGCAGCAGCAGCAGCAGCAGCAACAGCAAGCACUGCAAUUCCAGCAGAUGGGGUUCCAGCCACAGCAGCAAGGGUUUUACGCGCAGCCGACAGGCUUCCAACAGCAACCUCAAGCCACUGGUUUCGGUGGGCAAUUCGCUCAAGCGAACAACAAUCAAUUUGGACAGCAAGUCCAGCAACCGCCACAGCCUCUACAGGCCACGCCCACUGGUGCCGGGUUCGGCGGGUACUCGGCGCAGCCGCAGCCGCAGACGCAGACGUAUGGAUACCAGACUCAUCUCACCCCUCAGAAUAAUGCGGCACCUUUUGGCCAGCCACAGCAGCAGCAGCAGCAGCUACAACCGCAGACCACCAAUCCGUUCCGGCAAUCGAUGUUGCUGAACAACCCCACUGGGUCACAGUCACCUAUGAGUGCGUCUCCUUCUCCUGCAUUGAAUCGCCAGAGCACAAAUCCGUUUGCACGACGAUUGUCCAUGGUAAAUCCGCAGUUCAACGCCGGUGGACCGGGAUCAUUCCCUCCGCAACAGCCCCAGUUCCAACAACCACAGCAACCACAACCACAGCAACAGCAACAGCCCCAAUACCAACAACCGCCUCCGCAGACCGCCACACUGCAGCCUCAGCGGACUGGGACCAACCCGUUUGCCCGCAGCUCUUCAGUUCCGCCCCAGCAGACACCGGGGCUCCAACCUCCCGCUGCCGCGCCUCUGCGCCCGAAUCCCACGGGCAGUACGAAUCCAUUCCGACAAAGUACCUUUGUCAACCAACAGACUGGCCAAGGGUGGCAGGCCAGCGGCCAGCAGGGCACCCUUGGGGGCUAUGCACUGCCGGAAACGACGCCCAUCUUUCCGCGGCCAGGGAUGUAA